CGAUAACAGUUUUUAUGCGCUCGGAUUUUUGGCACUAAUGUGACGCCAUAAUGGCACUUCAAGUCAUAUGUGAGUCAAGGCAGGUGGCCAAAUACUUUUGGCAAUAUAGUGUAUAUCUAAAAAAAAGGCUUUUUUAAAAAGAAAGGUUUUUAAGCCUUUUUGUAAAAGCAUCCACAGUCUGUGGUGCCCUCAGGUGGUCAGGGAGAGCGUUCCACAGACUGGCAGCGGCGGAGCAGAGAGCCCAAUCUCCCAUUGUUCAGAGCUUUGUUCAGGUUAGCCUGUCCGGAGCGGAGGUGUCGUGUGGAGGAUUUGGGGGUGAGCAGUUCUUUGAGGUAGAGGGGGGGGGCGUUUCCAUGGAGGCACUGGUGGGUUAGUAGGGAGACUUUGUAUCUCUCAUUUACUUUCACCUGCACGAGUCACAUGAUGAACUGCAACGCCAUGAUUUACUUUGAGGUCAGGCCGGGCCUCCACAUUGGAGAAGUAUAUGAAACACUUGACAAGUAUUUGCUUAAAAAGUGAACUACCAGUCCGUCAUGGUAGCGGCUGCUCACGUGCUUCCUCUUUUUCAAACAAAUGAGCGAGCUGCAGUUGACUCGACUCAUUUCCUGCAUCCUUUCACUCGCGGUGUCAACCUGGCCGUCGCAACGUGCGCCACACUUCAGGAUGGACUUAGACUUUAAGGAUGCCUUUUGGGGAGGAAACUUUAUCAGUAUCGCUGGCUACGAGGCCAUCAUCCAGAGGCUGAACGACGGUCGGCGGACGUGCAAAGACAUGGAAGACUUGUUGAAAAUGAGGGCGUCGGCGGAGGAGAAGUAUGGUAAAGAAUUGGUCGCCAUCUCACGCAAGGUUGGGGGUUUCUAUGAGAUCUGCACGCUGAGAACAUCCAUUGAUGAAGUGAAAACACAAAUGGAAAUGAUUGGCAACUUGCACAUUCAGCUGUCUGUCCUGCUGAAGGAAGAUGCCAGAAGAAUCGAGCAGUUAAGGGAGAACCAGAAGGAGCAGAGGAAAAAGCUGGAAGUCAUCAUGGAGAAAGUCCACAAGACCAAAGUCUCCUUCUACAAGAAAACAAUGGAAUCGGAGCGACACUAUGAGCAACGCUGCAGAGAAGCCGACGAGGCCGAGCAAACAGUCGAUAAGAUGAGCAACUCUUCCACAGUCACUCCCAAGCAAAUGGACAAGCUGAGCAACAAAGCCAGACAGUGCAAAGAAGCUGCAGAGGAGGCCGAGAGACAGUACACAUCCAACAUUAAUCAGCUGGACCAUAUCCGUCAAGAAUGGGAAUCAACGCACAGCAACACGUGCGAGAUGUUUCAGCAGCAGGAAGAGGAGCGUCUGAAAGUCCUGAGGAACGGGUUGUGGGUGCAUUGUAAUCAUUUGUCCAUGCAGUGUGUGAACGACGAUGAGUGUUACGAGAACGUGAGGAAAAUCCUGGAGAAGUGUGACAUCAUCAUGGACAUGAACAGCUUUGUUGGACUCAAAGGCACCGGCUCAAGCCGUCCUGCGGCCAUUGAAUACCAAAAGUACGACAGUACAGGUGCCAGAAAUGGAAGCACGGGACUCGUUGGCGAAGUCAUGAAAAAGUUUUCAAAUCUUCUUCAAGGGACCUCUCUGUCUGGCUCCACUAUGAACAUUCAUGACGACCCAGGUGAACAAAGUACAGGUGAAACACCUGACGGAAUUUACGCCGGCAUCCGUGAGAGUCAGGGGUCCCAGAUCAGUGGGCAGUACAGGGCGCUGUAUGAUUACGUGGCCCAGAGAGAUGAUGAGCUCUCCUUGUCUGUGGGCGACAUUGUGCUCGUCAAAGACCAGGGUGAAGACGGCUGGUGGACGGUGCAGAUGUGCGGCCAAACUGGGCUGGUCCCAGGCUCCUACCUUGCCAAAGAAUGACUUUUUUUUCAUAACGGCACUAAAACUUAAUUAUUUGUAAAUAUUCUUAAAAUAUCACAUUGACAAAGAAUCUUUUGUAUGCAAGCUGAUUUUCUAUGGAAUUCCCUGUAAGAAAAAACGGAAUAAAUUC